GAGAGGCGAUUGAUUGUAGGCUACGGCAAGAGAGCUGCUCUUCUGACCAACACACAAAGGGAUAUCGAGAAUCGCAACUAUGGGCGUCAAAUUAUAUUAUACCACCGUUACUGCAUCCAGAGAGGUGAAGUCUCAGCAGGCGGAGGUGAUGAGGAUCCUGGAGAGUAAGAGCAUCCAGUAUGAGCUGAUUGACAUCUCAGUGGGCGGAGAGGUCAGGGACGAGAUGAGAAGCAAGGCAGGGAACCCCACGGCUGUCCCGCCACAGAUCUUCAAUGAGGACCAGUACUGUGGGAACUAUGACAUGUUUUCAGACGCAGUGGAGGAGGACAAAGUGCAACAAUUUCUGAAGAUGGCGUGUUGAGGAAGAGUUGUGUGUCUUCCCCCCCAGGGCAGGCCCGUUGACUAACCCCCUGCCCGCUGGCGGUGCUCACCCUCCUUUGUCUCAAUGCCGUGAUGAAUGCCAAAUACAACCAACCAAUCAAGACACACACUCACACACACACACCUGUUCCCACCCCACUGGACACUUACCUAACCACUGUUAAUAUAAUUGUUUGUUUUAUACAGCACUUAUUAUGCUCCCUCUGUUUUCUUCGUCAUUGUUUCCCUUUGUGGUCCUUCCUGGUCAGGCCCUGGGUUCAAAUGCUUUUAAAUCAUUUCAAAUACUAAAGUUGUGCUUGAUUUAAGCGUUCCUGUUGCAAUUGAACCAAUAGAAAAGACUAAAAAGGCCAAAUCCCACCCACCUGGCACUCCAUGCAGACUAAAGAAAAUGCUCAAAGAUUUGGAAUGGUAUUUGAACCCAGGUCUGCAUGUGUUCAUGUCACUAAUCAGUCUUAGUCUGCUCUGUGGGAUCAGUGGAACUGCUCAAUCUAGAUGUGUGGUAAUUAGGUCAGGUAAUCUGGGCUGCCUACCUGUGAUUAAUGAAGAUCCACUAAUCCAGAGGCUAACAUUACCAGAAAUCUAUGUUCAUGAUCGUUCCCUUGCCCAAGAGGAGAAAUGUACUUUUUAUUCCCUAUAUUGUGGACUACUUUUGGCCACAGUCCUGGUCAAAUGUAAUGUACUAUGGCUGCGUUUACACAGGCAGCCCAAAUCUGAUCAUUUCUUUUCACUGAUUGGUCUUUAAACCAGUCACAUCAGAUCUUUUUCAGAGCUGAUCUGAUUGGUCAAAAGACCAAUAAAUUAAACAAGCUCAGAAUUGGGCUGCCUGUCUAAAUGCAGCCCAUGUAGAGAAUAGGGGUGCCAUUUCAGACCAAACAAACAGAAUGCUUGGUUAUUAUCACUUAAUCUUAUUAACAGUGUUUUUUGAUUUUUUUCUUACCUGGCCUUCUUGAUUUGCAUGUUGUUCAUAUCGACAGACAGAAGCCAUUUUGAUACAUAAUUGUAGGUGAAUGUAGUCUGGAGAAUGUGGAAGCCAACAAUCACAGAACCUUAAAGACAUGUGAAUUGUGGUAGAGACAGAAUAAGUUAAUUGGAUUCUACUUUGGUCCAAAACAUUUCAAUGCUUAACAGACUAAUGGUGUCAAAGGUCCAUGCUGGAAAGGUGACUCCACUGUGGAGAGUUUACAGAUGGAUAGUCAGCUUUGACCUCUCAAUAUAGUCUUAUUUUACUCUCUGUUAAUGCAUUCCAAAGAGACCUCUUACAUUUGCUGGGAAUGGCCUGAUCCUCAAUCUUUGGUCUUCCAGAAAUAGACAUGUUAUGGGACAUUAGGGGACAUGUUAUGGGACAUGUAGUGCCAGUAACGUUACACUGUUACUGGCACUACAGCUGUACAUCCUUACUAUAAGAGAGCUGAGCUUGAGUAAUAGAGCCCCUGAAUUUAGAAUCUGUUGACUGUUUAGGAUCUUCAUUCCUGAUCUAGCUGUGAUGUCCAUCUCCAUCCAGCUUGAAGAUGCAAUAGAUAACUAUGCACUUAACUCUGCCUCACAUUCUGUUGUACUGACUCUUGGCUACUGAGUGGAAAGACAAAUUGUUUCAGACUGAAUUGACUCAUUCUCAGCCUUAGAUAAAACUCACUCGCCACAUGAGGGAGUUGAAGGCCUAACUUUUAGUGCUUCAAGUGUCUACUACUCUGUUUCGUCAAGCUGGGGUUUCUUUGAUGGGAUGUGAAAAACCUAUGUGCUGUUUCAUGUGUAGUCUCACAUCUUUUUCAUCCUUGUUUUAGAAAAAUAUUGCCCCCCAAUCUAAUCCCUGCACUUGAGCUGCCCUAUCACUAUAACCCCUGGUUCCACACAGGAUCCUUGAUUUUCAUUUACCUCAGGUGAAUUCGGGCAACGCGACCCCAAACGCAUAGUAUAUUUGGGUAUAUAGGUGUGGGACCUCUACUUUGUAAUGGCAGCAUUAACAGACAAUGUUUGUGCACUGAUUUGUCAGUUGAUGGUGGUAGAUGUCUUAUUGGUCCAUGAUGUGUAGCUAUUCACUAUCAACUAUAUGUUCAACAUUUCAUGUCUUUCUCUUUGAGCUGCUUUGCUUUUGGACCAAAGUCCCUUUGGCCAAAAUAAAGAAAAAAUGUAAUAUACAGAAUGAGAUGUCUUCCAAGAAGAUUGUGAAAAAGGGUCAAAUAAAAUGGAAUGUCUAAUAGGUCC